AGUCUCUUUUUAAUCAUUUUACCUGUUUACAGAUUGGCCUUUAACCAUAAGAUACUGGUAUAUUGUCUUCUCUAUUGUGAGCCUCGUUCCUUUUCAUAUUCAUGCUUUCUACCACUCGCAUGGACUAGGCAGCAACCACACUAAAUUAGAAUGUGCAACAAGCAAUGUGGCCUUAUCGCUGGGGCUGUUGUCGGUGGAUUGCUAGCUGUCCUUGGAGGGAUUCUAAUUCCAAUUGGAAAUUCUAUUAUUCACGGAACCAUAGAAAAGGAAGCUGUAAUUGAAAAUGGAACCGUUGCAUAUGAGAACUGGGUACAAACAGGAGGUGCCGUAUACAGACAGUUUUGGUUUUUUGAUGUAAAGAAUCCCUUUGAAAUAAUUGAACAUGGAGCAAAACCUGUUGUUGUUGAAAAAGGACCAUAUACAUAUAGGACCCGUUACCAGCCAAAAGAAAACAUAACAGCAAACAGUAACAAUACCAUUUCUUUUCUCCUACCAUAUGGUGCUAUAUUUGAGCCAAGUAUGUCUAUAGGAUCUGAAGCUGAUAACGUCACUUCUCUUAAUUUGGCAGUUGCAGGUGCUUUCUCUCUUUUCCCUCCCUGGACACAUUCUAUGCUUAACCAAUUGAUUAAAAAUACAAACUCUUCACUUUUCCAGUAUAGGACUGUACAGGAAAUCCUCUGGGGUUAUAGAGAUCCACUAUUACAAAACAAAAUGACAGGUCUAUUUGUUCCUUAUAAUGGCACUUUUGAUGGAUAUUAUACUGUUUUUACUGGAAAAGAUGACAUCAGAAAAACAGCAAUGAUUGACAGAUGGAAAGGUGAAAGACAUUUAUCUUACUGGAAUGAUACUUAUUGUGACAUGGUUAAUGGCACAGAUGGAUCAUCAUUCGCCCCUUUCAUUGACAAAAAGAAACCAUUGUACUUUUUUUCUUCAGAUAUUUGUAGAUCGGUUUAUGCUGAGUUUGAAAGUAGUCAGAACCUGAAGGGGAUUACCGUCUAUCGUUAUACGCUCCCCCCCAAAACGUUUGCUGCUCCUGCUGUCAAUCUGGACAACAGAUGCUACUGCACUGAUCGCGUUGCCACAAAUAAUUGCACUCUUGGUGGAAUCCUUGACAUUAGCCGAUGCAAGGAUGGUAUACCAAUCUACAUUUCACUGCCACAUUUCCUACAUGGUAGUGAGAUACUGAAAGAAGCAAUAACUGGAAUUAAUCCACAUGAGGAUCACCAUUCAACUUACUUGGAUGUAGAACCUUUUACUGGCUUCUCCAUGAGAUUUGCCAAAAGGCUGCAGAUCAAUUUAAUGAUUGGACCAUCACAGAAAAUAGAAGUGUUGUCAAAAAUUAAGGAUAAUAUUUUUUUCCCUGUGGUCUGGCUUAAUGAGACGGCAGCACUUGAUGACGCAACAGCUGAGGAAUUCAAAGCGUCCUUGACUUCUCGAAUGGAGCUUCUGGAAACAGUGGAGAUUACCUUAAUUGGCAUUGGACUUGUGAUAUUCCUGGCAUGCACAAUUUCACUGUGUGUCUUUAAAAACAAAAAAAGAGACUAAAUCUUUCCAUUUUACUUUUUUAAGGUUUAAGAGGUUAAAAACUGAAUGACAUUAAGGGAAAUUAAGGAUUAAGGAAGAUAACUUUUCAAGGGACAAGUGAUGUUUUCUGUCAUCCUGAUAUGCCUUAAUGAAGAUUGUGAUCCACGAGUCUUCUUUGAUUUCACAUGUAACACCUCAGAAUUCAAAAUAAAAAUAAAGUGUAAAAAACA